GCGACGGCCUGCAGCUUGACAGCUUCUCUGACAAGCGACAGGUGACGGACGACCCCUCGAUGUCGCGAACUCGACGAUCAUGCUCUGAUUGCGACGAUAUCUUAUUUCAUACCACUACUACUACUACUACUACUACUACUACUACUACUACCACCACUUCAUAGACGAUACCCAAGCCAUAACAUACAUAGGUACUAAACAUAAUCACCGCAAUGCCGCCACGAAUAAACCUCCCGCCCGUGACGCGCAUCAGCCUCCUCGCCCUCGGCCUCCAGUCCGUCCUCAGCGCUGCCAUCCGAUACCGCCAGUGGACGGCGCACUCCGAGAUUGUCAUCCCAUAUCUCAACCUGAUUCCUCAACUAUCGCUCGUCUACCCGUGGACCUUUGUGACAACCACCCUCGUCGAGAGCAACAUCUUCACCUUCAGUAUCGCAGCCCUGACCCUCUACCAUGGCGGUCGUUACCUUGAGCGCGCCUGGUCCUCGCGCGAGCUCGCCAAAUUCCUGCUCGUCACCUCCCUGAUCCCGAACGCUCUCUGCUUUGCCACCUUGAUCUUCUUCUUCACCUUUACCAGGAACGAGCGAUGGACACUCAUGACCAUCGCCGGCACCAUCUCCCUCCAGAUCUCCUUCCUCGUCGCUUUCAGCCAGCUCGUCCCCGCCCACACCGUCACCCUCUUCCGCGGCAUCCUCUCGCUCCGCGUGCCCCGUUUCCCGCUUCUCUACAUUGGCGUCGUGACGGCCCUGUGCCUUACCCCCAUGCUCACGAGCGUAUCUUUCCUACUCGCCGUUUACGGCUUCAUCACAAGCUGGACCUACCUCCGUUUCUACAAGGCCGUCUUUCCCGACCUCGACCAGUCCCAGACGAGCUCCCUCCGCGGUGACGCCAGCGAAACCUUUGCCUUUGCCGAGUUCUUCCCCGGUCCCGUCCGGCCCGUCGUUGCGGGCAUCUCCGAGAACGUCUUCAACAUGCUGGUCGCCAUGCGCGUCUGCACGCCUUUUACGCAAGAUCACAUCUCAGCCGCCCGGGGCGACAAUGCCUUCUCGCACCACAGCCACCAACGCGGCGUGCCCGGCAGCGCAAGAGCCGAGGCUGAGCGUAGGAGGGCGCUGGCUCUUAAAGCUCUCGACCAACGUCUGCAUGCUGCCACCGCCGGCGCCGCCGCUCGCGCUUCGAGUAACCCAGCCCCGCCCGCUGUUCAGCCCCCCGCUCCAUCGGCUACCGGCCCAACCGUUCAGACACAACCGCAGGCGAAUACGCAAAAGACGAUGACGGCGCAGACGGGCGAGGCGGGCGCCAGCUCCGAUAAUGACGGCAGCAGAAGCAGCGCUUAAAUAUGAAUAAGAAACGCGAAAGAAAAAAAAAACUACUGCAACGGUCAGCUUGAUCAGACGCAUUUAAUAUCGGGGCGGGGGAAAAGUUCAACGAGGAGAUCCUGUCAUGGAACAGCGUGGCCUACGAUUUAUGCGAUAAUCAAUUGUGAGAACGUGCGGGACUAGAAUGACCGAGACUGCAUUGAUACCCGAUCUGAAUUAUUCUCGAAGAGAUGGCGGACGCAUGCCACCAUACCUUUGGCGAUAUGUCAUGAAGAACGAAGCCACCUAGGAAGGAAGUACUACCAGCAGAAGGAGUCAGAGGAGGAGGGGCAGCAGUACGAGAAGUGGGAGGAACAGAACCAAGAGAAGAGGAAGUGAAAUAUCAAGACUCAAGGUUGUGGGUGUGCGUCCCACCCAGUAGAUCUGAGAAGUGGAAACCUCCAACUGACGCCUGUCACGUACAGCAUAAGCAUAAUCAGAGAACAGAAAAUAGCAACUGCUCGAAGAGAGCCAGAAUUACCAAGAAUCUUUUGUGAGUUAUGUUGUGAUUCAUGAAAACUCGAUCGCAAAGGACUGGUGGCUUGCAUGCCAUUAGUUGCCAGAUGUGUUGGAAAUAUUGUCCAAGUUUAUCAUCAGCACGCUGAGAACACGAAGGACAGAAUACGCCCCACCCGACUUUGACUUUGCGCAUACAUUCUCGUACACAAACAAUCAUGUUCUGAGUUUCUCAUUCACUUGUUCAUCCUGCCAUGAUUGCUACUUGUGGCUCAAUUUCGAGGUGAUCUCUUUUCUGGGAUCACGUUGAAACUUGGACGUUGUCUAUUUCGUCCCCUUUCUCUCAAA